CUGGGGGUAAAAACUAGUGAGAGGUGAAUAUUGAGAAGAAGAAGAAGAAGAAGAAAAAAGAAAAACAUGGGACCAAAACCACUCAACAAAACAGGUAAAGGAGUACCAGAUUUAGUGAUGCACAAGAACCAACUACAAGAGCAUGUUCAGAAAUGUGGUUGGCCAUUGCCAGUUUAUGAAAUACACAAUGAAGGAUUUGCUCAUGCUCCAAAGUUCAGGUCUACUCUAUGGGUGAAUGGAAAAGAGUACAAGUCCAGGCUCACAUAUCCCCAUAAAAAAGAUGCAGAACAAGAUGCUGCAGAGCUGGCUCUUAAAAGCCUUGUUAGUAAUGAAAAUAAGAAGAAUGAGGAGCAUUGCAAGAUUCUUCCUGAUCUAAUGCAGAGCAAAUCAGUCCUGUAUGAAUAUGCUGUGAAAAUGAACCUGAAAAGCCCCCAAUACAGAACCACUCAACAAGGACAGUUGCAUCCAGUUUAUGUCUCCACAUUACUGUUUAAUGGGGAAAGUUACCCUGGAAAAGUUGGCAAAAGCAAAAAGGAGGCAGAACAACUUGUAGCAUUUGUUGCUAUCGAAUCCCUUCUUGAAUCUAGUUCUUGUGGUUAUCUUCAUCGAAUAAUUAAGUCCAAAGUCAGAAUGCAAGAAGGUUCUUCAAAGCCGGUGAUUGAUAUUCCUCCCCCAUCUGCGAACAUUAGUGGACUGGACUCAACUGUUAAUAAGCGAAAACUUGGCACUGUUAACCCUGGAAGUAAGAAACUAAAAAGGGAAGAUGGAUGGCACAUUUUAAACACGAAAGAACAAAGGACAAAAUGAGGAUACAAGCUUUGACAGAGGUUUCUUCAAUUCUUCACUAUAUAUUCAAAGUUUUUGUUUAAUGGGCAUGUUAGGAGUAUUUAUUGGAUCAAUUCCUUUCUAGGUUGUGAUUAUUGAUUAGCUGUUUAACAAUGAAUAUUCUUACAGAAUAUAUUUGCAUUCUGAACAUGUUUUAGAGCAUUCUAAAUCUUUGUUCAAUCUUUGCAUUAUUAAGAAUUCUCAAUUCAAAGACCAAUU